GGACGCGCAUCCAGGGAGGGAGGCUUCGAACUACAGGUCCCGGCGCCCACCGCGAGCAAGGCCUGCGUGGCGUUGCUAGGUGACGGCGCCUAAACGAUGCCUAGGCGAGCUGCGGGUGCGGGCGCUGGCAGGUGAGGGCUCCGGCCCGCGGCGCCUGAAGGGACCACGCAGGGGCAGGUGGAGGCCUGUGGAGGCCCGGCGGCCCGCAGGACUCUGCUUAAAAGAUGGCCUACUACGGAAAAUGCAUUGAGAUUGUAAUAGAACAGCUUGACAAAUUUAAGCCUGAGAAGGACAAUCCCGAGCAGUUCCUGGAGACAGUAUCUACCUCCUUACAGCAGGAUCUGAGCCCCCAGAAGCUUGCCUUUGUUUUGGAGGUUCUGUCUGGCUGCCUUGAAUACCGGAAGUUACUGACCAUCGUGGUGGAUGCCUUCUAUGUACGGGAUGGUCGGCUCUGCCUUUGGGCUGACUACAGCCUUUAUCAGGUGAUCUGCUACCUGGCCAUGUUCCAGCUGGAUGAGCUCGGCUUCCAGCUCUUCUGCAGCAUCAUCAAGUCCCAGCCUGUGGGUAAGACUUGCAAGUUCCUCAGGUUCUUCUUUAACCCCUUGAACCUGUGCUCAUGGAUCAAGGACGAGUGGAGCCUCAUCUAUGAAACAGCCCACGUGAAGGAAAAUUGGAUUGACCCUCUGAUGAGAUGGCAACCAGAGGUCCAGGAGCUUAUCAACCAACUGGAGGGAGUGCCGACGGAUCAAAUGCCUCCCUCAAAGAUCAAGGCCAAGCUCACAGAGCCCAAGGAAUUCAAUCUGACUGUUCCAAGGCCCCGUGCCAUUACAAUGCCUGAGCCUGUACCCACUGUGGCCAAGACAAAACGUGUCCCUCAGAGCACCUACCAGGAGCCCAGGGAGCAGCAGCUUCUGCAAAUGAUCAAAAGAUACAACCGCCGGAAGGCUGAGGAGCUGCUGCUGAGAGCGAACAUGGAGGAGCUACGGUGUGCUAUGCCCCGAUCGCACAGGGAUCCACCAGCACAGGACUUCAAGAAACAGCAGCAGCUUCAGUCUCCACCCCGAAUACGCAGAACUCCAAAUCUGACUUUCUACAAGCCCAACAGCUUCCCAGUCAAGCUGAACACAGCCACCAUCCUUCGGGAAGGGGCCUUAUACCAGCGGCAGGUGGAGAAGGAGCUGCAGAGAGUGGAUAAGCUUGUGGACGGGGCUGGAGACUUCUCUGAGUUCUUUGAGUGGCAGAAGAAGAUGCAGGCAAAGGACCUGGAGGAGCAGCUAGCUGCAGGCUUGUGCCGGCGGCUGCAAGGAAAGCUGAGCCACGAGGAGGCCAUCUUGGCUCGGCAGAACCUCAUGCAGGAAAACAAGCAAAAGGCGGACCAGAAGAAGGAGGAGACAGCUGAGCUAAUGCUGCAGUGUGCUGAGAGGCGCCUCCAAGAGGAGAAGUCCAUGAAGGAGCUGGUGGAGCAGGUCAUUGAGGCCCAGAAGAAUGUCAAGGUGGCCCAGAUGAAGCUCGUCAAGGGCCGGCAGCAGAUAGUUCAGGAGGUGAUGGAAGAGAGCCGGGAGCUGCUGCAGCGGAGCACGGAGGCAGCCAAAGAGGAGCAGAGGCGGCGCUGUGAGCUCAUCGCUCGGUUGCGUGCACUGGAGACACAGCCCACACGCAAGGACAAGCUGGUAGACCUGACCCAGAUCCCAGGAUAUGGUCUGGAAGGUGAGAUGUCUGUUGUGGAACUUCGAGAGAGACUGGCACUGCUUAAAGAGACACAGAAACGAGAGAAGGAGGAAAAGCGGGAUCAAAUCAUUCAGGGCAAACGAGCCAAAAGCCAAAAGCUACAGAGCACAAUGGAGCAAAUCUCACUGUGCCGUGCAGCCAUGGGCAGAACCGCAGCCUUGAGGUGGGAGGAAAAGAAGGCCCAGACAACAAGCCUGGGUACACCCUCUCAGGACCAGCGCGUGUUGGAACUGCAGCGCAGAAUGGAGGAGAGGGCAGCUGAGCGCCGCCGUAGGCAGACAGCACAGCUGACCGUGCCAUCGCCCCGGGCCAAGCGCCCCCAGCUGCGGGCUCAGGCAGAGGUGCAGCACUGGCUGGAACUGGACCAGAGUCGAGAACGCAGGCUGCGGGCAAGGCAAGAGGCAGACCGCACCUGCCAGCCUGCCCAUGACCUGAAGGCUGCCUGAGCCGCCCUGCGCUAACACAGCGCAGGGCCGCCGACCUGGGCCCCUACCCCUGCCCCUGUCCCUCAGAGAGCAGCCCUUUCCUGCACCCCAGCCACAAAGCCCAGCCUUUCCCCAGCUCCAGCCUGCUCCUGUUUGGUUGCCCCAGAAAAGACAUGGUGCGGGAGACACACUAUACAACUACUCUUAUUCUGGACUGCAACUGGCUACCCACCCGUGUUUUUAUUUGCUAAACCUAGCCCCUCCCUACUCCCAGAAAGGCUUUUUGUAGGACUGGAAGCCCACAGCAGUGGCAUUGUGAGUGAGGCCCGAUUCUUGAACACCUGUUAUGGACUGGCCCUUUUCCUGCUUCAUGUGGAUCAUCUGGGCCUUUGAUCAUUGCACGUGGCAACUAUUGCCCAGUCCUGUUCUGCUAAAGAGGCAACCUGUGCUCAAAAAGGUGACCCUGACCUCAGGUGGUGAGACUGUGCCCUAGGGUGCUUUCAGACCAAGAAAGUCUCUUUGCAUUGACAGGAGUCCUACCUCAGUAUGGAGAACUAACAAUUCCAAGAUUUUUGACAAUCCUGGGUGUGGGUUGUGGGGAGAAAGGAAUCCCUGUCUCCCUGUUGAAAUAGAAUUGGGGGCAGAUUUAAUUUUACUUAAAUAAAAAUCACAGUUCUUA